AUGGGGCUCUCCAAAACUAACAGGAUCAUCAUCCUGCUUGUUAUCGACACGGCCUUCUUCCUCUUGGAGCUGAUCACUGGUAUGGACUACUUGACACCCUUUGAAGCUGCAUCAAGCUUUGCUGACCUCAAUUUUCCUACAGGAUAUGCCGUCCACUCUCUCGCCCUCGUUGCCGAUUCCUUUCACAUGCUCAACGAUGUUAUCUCACUAUGCGUCGGACUUUGGGCCGUGAAGGUCGCCAAUCAGGAGACAAACUCGAAGAUGUACACGUACGGUUGGCAACGUGCAGAAACCCUCGGUGCCCUCGUCAAUGGCGUCUUCCUAGUCGCACUUUGCAUGUCGAUCUUUUUGGAAGCCAUUCAGCGCUUGGUUGAACCCCAGGAGGUCCAGAACCCGAAGCUGGUCUGCAUUGUUGGCUGCCUCGGUCUUCUUUCCAAUAUGGUGGGCUUGGCCCUCUUCCAUGAUCACUCCCACGGCGGCCAUGGCCACGGUCACGACCAUGGCCACUCACACGACGAGCACGAUGACGUGGAACAGGGCUACAGCGACCACGUGAGUGACGAGGCAGUUGGGGACGAACGUGGAAGUGUUGCGUCUAUCAUGCCCGAGAACCAGGUCGGAGUUGUCCAUUCGCCGGUCUUGCCUAAGAAUAGCCUUCCCCAUCCUGCCACUGAGCCUGCGUCUCCUGUCUCACGCAAGCGCCUACUCGCCGAUUCCACUCGUGGCACUCGGAGAUUCAGUACCUCGACCGGACGCCCACUCAACAAUGUGGAAGAUAUCUACGCACACCCAGCGACUAUGCGACAGGAUAUCAUUGCUGCUGGCCGUGGAAACUUUGAUGACCCGUCCUCGGACUCUGACAGCCGUGACGAUGAAGGCCCAACCGAGCAGUCUGGCCUCCUUCGGCACCGUGACCGCGCAUCCAACUACACUGAUGAGCACGACGCUCCUUUCAAAGUCCACAACCACGACGAGGACAUUCAUAAGAGUCACAAUCAUGCCCAACCAAAGCCAAAGGGUAAGGGCGGUCACGGCCACGACCUUAACAUGCGCGGUGUCUUUCUCCACGUCAUGGGAGACGCUCUGGGCAACAUCGGUGUCAUCGUGUCUGCGCUCAUCAUCUGGUUGACAGACUACGAAUGGCGAUUUUACGUCGAUCCCGGCAUUUCACUCGUUAUCACGAUCAUUAUUCUGGCUUCUGCCAUUCCCCUUUGCAAGGCCGCGUCUCGCAUCCUGCUGCAAGCCGUGCCUCCCGGCAUGAGCAUUGACCACAUCAAGGAGGACAUUGAGGGACUCCCCGGUAUUCUCGGCUCUCACCACCUCCACGUGUGGCAGCUGAGCGAUACCAAGAUUGUCGCCUCGAUCCACAUCCAAGUCGACACCGAGAUCAAGGGCGAGGGCUCUGAGCGCUACAUGAACCUUGCGCGCCAGGUCCGACGUUGUCUUCACGCCUAUGGCAUCCACUCCUCGACCAUUCAGCCCGAGUUUGCCCCCGAUGCUGACGCGGAGGAGACCCAGAACCAGAUCCAGGGAUCAUCAUCUUCCGCCGAGCCCAACCCGCCCAGCCGUGCGGCCAGUCUGCGGAGUGAUCCCCAGGCCUGUCUCUUGGAAUGCGAUGACCACUGUGCCCGAGGCGGCCAGUGCUGUCCCAAAAAGUCGACUUGA